AUGGGUAUGGGAGACACAGGAUACAAAGACCGCUUCACGAUGAGGGUGAUGGAUACAUGGGGGGCACAGGACACAUCGACUGCUUCACUGGUCGGGAUGGCACAGAUGCGGCUGCUGGUGAAGGGCGCGGCGCAGGUGGUGCGCGUGGCAGCCGCAGGAGAGAAGGUCAAGUUAAAGGAUGCCAUGAGCGACCUGGCCAUCGUCAACGCCACGCAGGAGGAGGGCGUGUCCAUCGCCGUCAACCGUGAUGGGACGAUCGCUGCGGUAGGCCUAGACUCUGAGGUGGCUGGCAUGUUCCCGGGGGCGUCGUGGGCGGCCGUGAUCGAUGCACAUGGGCGCUCAGUUGUACCCGGCCUCGUCGACGCCCACACGCACCCGGUCUGGGCAGGAGACCGCGUCCAUGAGUUUGCUAUGAAGCUUGCGGGCGCGAGCUACAUGGAGGUGCACGCGGCGGGCGGAGGCAUCAACUUCACGGUGGAGCACACCCGCGCCGCCUCCGAGCAGGAGCUCCUCGAUCUCCUUCUGCCGCGCCUCCGACGCAUGUCAAGUGCAGGUCAGUUUCAGCGCCGUUCUCGGGUUCCUCCUCCUUCCUGA